AUGUGGUUACCUCAAAAAGAAAUAGUGCAGUUAUUUCAUUCUAAAGAUAGAGCUCUUGAUGCAAUGAUAUUAGUCAUUUCUAAUAAAGAUGCUAUCUUAAAUGUUUGCCUGUAUGCCUCUAAAAUAUAA